AUCAUCGUUUGUCUAUCUUUCCUCGGUGUUGAAUACUUGCCUUUCGGGUGCUAUGAUGGCACCACCAUGCUUAAAUCUCGCCAUCCUGUUUGUAGUUUUUGUUCUCCACAAGACUGUCAUCAGCCUCCUGCGAGAUGUGAAUGUACAGUUGUUUCAAUGGUCUCAUGUCGAUGUUGCAAAUGAGUGCGAAUCUCACCUGGGACCCGCAGGCUAUCGAUGGGCUCAGGUCUCACCCCCGCAGGAACACAUUGAAGGGAAUGCGUGGUGGGUAGACUACCAGCCUGUGAGCUACAACCUGUACUCCAAACGAGGUACCCCAGAUGAAUUCGCGGACAUGGUCAAACGUUGCAAUGCGGUAGGGGUGGGGAUCAUUGUCGAUACCGUCAUGAAUCAUAUGACAGCGACCAACGUUACAGCCUUAGGAACAGCUAAUUCAUCGUAUUCUCGUUACUCAUAUGAAAAUCUUUAUAACUUCAGCGACUUUCAUCAUUGUGGCAGGAAUGGGAACGACGGUGUCUACAAUUUCACAGAUCGAUAUGAAGUGCAGAACUGCGAGUUGCUUGGCUUGGCUGAUUUAGCUACUGAGACCACUAAGGUGCGAGAUACUCUUGGUGCCUACCUUGAACACCUGGUGUCGCUCGGGGUCAGUGGCUUCCGGCUAGACGCUGCCAAGCAUAUGCCCGCGUCCGAUAUCCAAGCGAUCCUUCAGCGAGUUAGCAACCAUGAAAGUUUGCACGUCUCACAAGAGAUUACCAUUGGGAGCAAUGAACCCAUUCAGCCAGAAGAAUACGUGAUAAAUGGGAACGUACAAAUUUUCCAAGGAGCAUCAGAUCUCGAGCGGCUCUUCAAGACGGACGGCAUGGCUUAUCUGGUGCAGCCAUUAGCUUGGGGACCGGCUUGGGGAAAAGGCUACGUCUCAAGCGAUCAAAGUACAAUUUUUGUCACAAACCAUGACUUGGAAAGGAACGGUGGAUCUCUUUCUCCGGCUGAUCCGCGAUACCUCUUGGCCAACGUUUUUAUCUUGACGUGGACAUAUGGGCAAGUAGACAUAUUGAGUGGCUACAACUUCACUGAAACUGGGGAUGGACCGAGACAGCUUAGAGUUGAAUGCGGACAAUUUGGUUGGCGCUGUGAUCACCGUCACCCGAUGAUUGUUGGCGCCGUAAAGAUACGCGGAGUAUCAGAUUCAGAGCCAGUUGAAAAUCUCAUCACCUCAGGUGUCAAUAGGACUGCUUACUCGCGUGGUUCAAGAGCAUUUGUUGCUCUGAACAAUAUUCCUGAGGAAUGGAUUUUUCAAUCUGGAACAGUGAUUGGUAUGAAUGAGGGAAACUAUACAGAUGUCUUGGGGUCAAACAGUACCACGGUACAGGUAUGCCCUCAGGGAAAAUUAAUCGGAAACUUGGUGGUUCCAGGCUUCUCAGCUGUGGGAAUUCACCAGUAGAAGUAGCAUUUUGGGAUACCCUUGAGUGUGGAAAGCUACAUACCUUGAUGAUAUCCUGUCAGCUGAACCUUGUGAAGCAUCUCAGUAUACCAGAAGAGCAUAAUUACAACUACCUGCGCGGGUAUUCUAAUGUCAGUGUCUGCUGUUAUUUAUUUGAAAUCAAGUAACUGCCUUUACCUUAGGCAUCAUUGCACUUUAC